AUGUCUUCCAUUAAUCCAAAUUCAUCUUCACCGAGUUACAAUUCUCUCCCUACAACCUCAUUUCCCCCACGCGCCACCACACCCUCCAACUACCCCACGCGCCGCCCAUGGGAAACCUUCUUCUCUCUCCAAUCCUUCACUCCUCCUCACUCCCUCAACGAAUCCACCCACCGAAUAAAACGCAACCUCAACCAUUUCCGAAUCAACUACGCCAUGAUAAUCCUCUUCACCCUCUUCCUCAGUCUCCUCUGGCACCCGCUCUCACUCAUCGUCUUCCUCGCCGUCUUCGCCGCCUGGUUCUUUCUCUUCUUCUUCCGUGAUCGCCCUGUCGUCUUCCUAAGUUGCUCCAUCGACGACCGCUUCCUCCUCGCCGCACUCUCCUCCCUCACCGUCGUCGCGCUUGUUUUCACCGGUGUGUGGCUCAACGUCUUGCUCUCGGUUCUUCUUGCUGCUGCGGUGGUUGUUUUGCAUUCGGCUUUUCGGAGUGUUGAUGAUUUGUAUUUAGAUCAAGUAGAGAUCUUUCAUGGAGAUUUGUUUUCGGUUGUUGAUGCUAGUUUCAAUACCAAUCCAACAGGGUACACUAGGAUAUAG